AACAGACAGCAAUUACAGACACUUAAGGAGCGUUUCCAGGCCUUCUUGAAUGGAGAGACACAAAUUGUAGCAGAUGAAGCAUUUUGCAAUGCAGUGCGAAGUUAUUAUGAGGUUUUUCUCAAGAGUGACCGAGUUGCCAGAAUGGUUCACAGUGGAGGAUGUUCUGCAAAUGACUUCAGAGAUGUUUUUAAGAAAAACAUAGAAAAAAGGGUCCGAAGUUUGCCAGAGAUUGAUGGAUUAAGCAAAGAGACAGUGUUAAGCUCUUGGAUAGCCAAAUAUGAUGCCAUAUGCAGGGGAGAAGAGGACUUGUGCAAACAGCCCAAUAGGAUGGCAUUAAGUGCUGUAUCGGAACUUAUUCUGAGCAAAGAACAGCUGUAUGAAAUGUUUCAACAGAUUCUAGGGAUUAAAAAAUUGGAACACCAGUUGAUUUAUAAUGCCUGCCAACUGGAUAAUGCAGAUGAACAAGCAGCUCAGAUCCGACGUGAACUAGAUGGACGUCUACAAAUGGCAGAACAAAUGACAAAGGAAAGAAAAUUUCCAAAGUUUGUAGCGAAAGAAAUGGAGAACAUGUUUAUAGAAGAGUUGCGGUCUUCAGUGAAUUUGCUAAUGGCAAAUUUGGAAAGUCUUCCAGUGUCUAAAGGUGGCCCAGAAUUUAAAUUGCAGAAGUUAAAGCGAUCACAGAAUUCUGCUUUCUUGGACAUAGGAGAUGAAAAUGAAAUUCAGCUGUCAAAGUCAGAUGUGGUGCUAUCAUUCACAUUAGAGAUUGUUAUAAUGGAAGUGCAAGGUUUAAAGUCAGUAGCUCCCAAUCGGAUUGUUUACUGCACAAUGGAAGUGGAAGGAGGAGAGAAACUUCAGACAGAUCAGGCAGAAGCGUCAAGGCCACAAUGGGGAACACAAGGGGACUUCACCACUACUCACUCUCGGCCUGUUGUCAAAAUAAAACUCUUUACAGAAAGCACUGGGGUCCUAGCCCUUGAAGAUAAAGAAUUAGGAAGGGUAAUAUUAUAUCCAACAUCCAAUAGCUCAAAGUCACCUGAGUUGCAUAAAAUGAUAGUCCCCAAAAACAGCCAGGACUCUGACUUGAAGAUUAAACUGGCAGUGAGGAUGGAUAAACCACCCCAUAUGAAGCAUUGUGGGUAUUUAUAUGCUCUUGGACAGAAGGUUUGGAAAAGAUGGAAAAAACGCUACUUUGUUCUUGUUCAGGUAAGCCAGUACACAUUUGCAAUGUGCAGUUACAGAGAAAAGAAAUCUGAGCCUCAGGAAUUAAUGCAGCUUGAAGGAUACACUGUGGAUUAUACAGCUCCUCACACAGGUCUUCAGGGUGGGCGAAUGUUUUUCAAUGCUGUUAAAGAAGGAGAUACGGUAAUAUUUGCCAGUGAUGAUGACCAGGAUAGAAUACUAUGGGUUCAAGCAAUGUACAGAGCAACAGGCCAGUCAUAUAAACCCAUUCCUGCAAGUCAAGCACAGAAGAUGAAUCCAAAAGGAGGAAAUGUCCACAUGGAAUUAUCACAGCUUUCUGGCAAAGAUGCAGAUCGUGCUCAGAAACAUGGGAUGGAUGAGUUUAUUUCUGCUAAUCCCUGCAAGUUUGACCAUGCUUCCCUCUUUAGAGUACUUCAGAGGCAGACCUUGGAUCAUAGAUUGAAUGAUUCCUAUUCUUGUUUGGGUUGGUUUAGUCCAGGCCAAGUCUUCGUAUUAGAUGAAUACUGUGCUCGUUAUGGUGUGAGAGGCUGUCACCGCCAUCUCUGCUACCUUAAUGAAUUGAUGGACCAUUCAGAAAAUGGUGCUGUCAUUGAUCCAACCUUGCUCCAUUACAGCUUUGCAUUCUGCGCUUCUCAUGUUCAUGGCAAUAGGCCUGAUGGAAUCGGAACAGUCUCAAAUGAAGAGAAAGAAAGGUUUGAGGAGACUAAAAACCGACUUUCUUCCCUUUUAGAAAACCAGAUAAGCCACUUCAGAUACUGUUUCCCUUUUGGACGUCCUGAAGGAGCUUUAAAAGCCACACUUUCAUUACUUGAAAGGGUUUUAAUGAAAGAUAUUGCCACUCCCAUACCAGCAGAAGAAGUGAAGAAAGUGGUUAGAAAAUGUCUGGAGAAAGCUGCCUUGAUCAAUUACAUGCGACUUACAGAGUAUGCCAAAAUAGAAGCAACAACAGAGAAGGAUCCAGAGACCUUGAAUCAAGCAACUCCUGCUAGAAAGCUGGAAGAGGUUCUUCGCCUUGCAGAGCUCUGCAUCGAAGUAUUGCAGCAGAAUGAAGAGCAUCAUGCAGAGGCACAAGAGGCUUUUGCUUGGUGGCCGGAUUUAUUAGCUGAACACGCAGAGAAAUUUUGGUCUCUCUUUUCUGUUGAUAUGGAUUCAGCACUGGAGGCACAACCUCAAGAUUCCUGGGAUACUUUCCCGCUUUUCCAACUGCUAAAUAACUUCCUAAGAAAUGACA